CCGUCCCCUCCCCUCCCCAGUAGGGAUCUGCGGGGGGAGGGAGCGGCAGCCCGGCCGCUACCGCGCUUGCUCGGCUCCUCCAGGCAUGAGGGCGCGCCCGCCUCUCCAGCCUCCCCGAGCCAGGCGGGCUGCGUCCUCAGCCGCUGCCGCCGCCCGUUGCGGGGCUCGCCGAGCAGGGGGCGGCCGGGCAGCUCCGGCGGCAGGAGCGGGAUGGAGCCGCAGCCCCGCGCGCCCUGCCCUGACUGAGCCUCGCGCGCCCGCCAUGCAGCCGCCGCCGCGCCGCGUUACCGGGCGGGAGCCGCCCCGCGCCGGGGUCCCGAGCCGGCCCGAGCCGCCCCGAGCUUUGCAGUAGCAGCAGCAGCGGUGCCGGGUCCCCCGCCUCGUCUCACCUCCCCGCGGAGCAGCCGCCGAGCCGGGACCGGCCAGGCGCGGGGAAGGGGGUCCGGAGCCAGGCCGGCUCAGCGCAUGGAAGAGCCCCCCCUUUCCAGCCGGCUCCGUAGCUAGCCGCCCGCCCGUCCGCCGGGCUGAGCCCCGCAGACCCGCCCGCUGGACUCGGCCAAGGGCGCUGCCUCAGCCCUGCCGGUGUAUCGGCCCGGGCCGGGCCGUGCGCGGUGACCUGGGGGCUCGGGGACCCAUCGCGGGGAGUAGGCGACAUCGCUUGCAGGGGGCUGGGCGGAUUUACACCGCGCUCUGGAUUCCCUUUGCGGGGGGAACCUGGAUGUGAUUUGUUCUUCUUCCUACCGACCGGCGGGCGGCCGGAGAGAGACCAGCCGGCGGGACUGAGCCGCUGGGCGCCCCCCACCCAGGGGCCCCUGGGCAGCUGCGACUCGUGCUUGGCCGGGGGCAGAGAGCUGGGGAACCAGCCUGCCCACUCCGGAUCACUGCGGUGCCAGCGCCUCCACCUCUGCCAAGGAUGGAUGGCCACCUCAGGGCCUGCGUGGUGCUGCAUUGUGAAUCUGAAUGGAGAAUGCAUUACUUCAAGGACUCCAUACUCAAAUGAACCACUAAUGAAAGAGCAUUGGAGUCCUGAAAAGAAGCAGAGACUGGAACAAGUUUAACAGUCAUCUUGAAGGUCAAUUUAAACUAACCAGCAUUUGCUCAGUCUUCUCUGGAUUUUGCACCAGCAAGAUAGCUCUUAUCCAAUCAAGGCAAAGGCACUGGUGAAACUGAAAGUUACAUUUGGCUCGUUACCUCUGGCUUUUUCUACUAGUAAACUGAGAUGCAGGGCAGCAUCAAACAGUGAAAUUUGAGAGCUGACAGCAGGCCUGAGCCAAGGUGAGGCCUUACGUAUUCCAUGCAACAUUUCCCCUCACCAUGGGUGUUCCUCCAUGGCUACCCUCAUUGUGGUUUAGCCUGACAGUUGAAGAAGGUGUCCCGGAUUGCGUGUGUACUGCCGCGUAUGGGCAGCUACUUGGAGCCACAGAUGAGUGCUGGGUGUGAAGUGAGGACCAGUGAAAGAGAACCACUCAAGAGUGUUUGCUAUCUUUCUUACAAUGGAAAGGCUGGUUAUCUAUCUAUUGGUUAUUAGCACUGCUGUGAAGGCUAUGAUGUGUCCAAAACGGUGUAUGUGUCAAAACCUAUCUCCAUCCUUCACCAUCCUCUGUACGAAGACUGGGCUUCUCUUUGUGCCCCCCAGCAUUGACAGGAGAACAGCAGAACUAAGAUUAAUGGAUAACUUCAUCACCACACUUAGAAGAAAGGAUUUUGCAAACAUGACAAACCUUAUUCACUUGACACUAUCAAGAAAUACAAUAAGUCAAAUCAUGCCUUAUGCAUUUUUUGAUCUUAAAGGCCUUCAUGCAUUACAUUUGGAUAGUAACAGACUGACUUGUAUCAAUGAGGAUCAUUUCAAAGGUUUAAUUAAUCUUCGCCACUUAAUACUCAGUAACAAUCAAUUGAACUAUAUUUCUCCUGGAUCUUUAGAUGACUUUAUUGAAACACUUGAGGACCUGGAUCUAUCAUAUAAUAAUCUUGUUAAUAUUCCUUGGGAUACAAUUGGAAAGCUUUCUAAUGUCAAUACAAUCAGUUUGGAUCACAACCUCAUUGAGUUUGUUCCAGAAGGAAUCUUCUCAAACCUUCACAAACUUGCUCGAUUGGACAUGACAUCCAACAAAUUGAAAAAAAUUCCCCCUGAUCCCCUGUUCUCCAGGAUCCCUGUGUAUGCUAAAUCUAAAGGGUCUCCAUUGUCCUCUCUGGUGCUUAGCUUUGGAGGGAAUCCUCUACACUGCAACUGUGAAUUAGUGUGGCUGAGACGCCUUACCAGAGAAGAUGAUCUAGAAACAUGUGCCUCACCACCAGAAUUGAUGGCCAAGUACUUUUGGUCCAUUAAAGAGCAGGAGUUUGUCUGUGAACCUCCAAUGAUAACACAUCGAACGCCAAAACUGGUGGUUAUGGAGGGCCAGAGUGUCUCUUUGAAGUGCAAAGCGGUCGGUGACCCGGAUCCCUAUGUUCGCUGGAUCUCCCCCGAAGGGAAGUUGGUCUCCAAUACGUCUAGGACAAUUUCCUAUGAGAAUGGAACUUUGGAUAUUUUGACUACUUCUUUGACAGAAAAAGGUACAUUUACCUGUAUAGCAUCGAAUGCUGCAGGAGAGUCUACAGCUUCUGUUGAACUUGUUGUUAAUCCUUAUCCUCAUCUUGCUAACAGUACCAACUGUGAUAAAGAUGCUGAGUCUGGGCCUUCAGACAUUCUUAUAUCUGCUAAGUCAAGUUUCCCUAAUGAAACUAAAGCUCAGCAAGAGAAGAAGGUUGUGGUUGCUGAGCUGACCUCAUCCUCUGCUCUCAUACAGUGGCCUUCCCAGCAUCAUAUCCCUGGAAUACGAAUGUACCAGAUUCAGUAUAACAGCUCUUCUGAUGAUAUACUAGUUUACAGGAUGAUCCCGGCCAUUAGCAAAUCCUUCUUCCUGACUGAUCUGGUUGCAGGACGUGAGUAUGACCUUUGUGUUCUCGCUGUUUAUGAUGAUGGAUUGACAUCUCUAACUGCAACCAGGGUGAUUGGGUGUGUGCAGUUCACCACACAAGAAGAAUAUAAGCAGUGCCGCUCUCUUCAUGCCCAGUUUCUUGGAGGAACCAUGAUCAUCAUUAUUGGUGGAAUAAUUGUGGCUUCUGUUCUUGUUUUCAUCUUCAUUCUUCUCAUGAAGUAUAAAGUCUACAACAAUCACCACAAAAAUAAAAAUACUAAAGUUAAUAAUGUCUGCUCUCAGACCAAUGGUAGUCAGAGUGGGUCAAUGUCUCAUUCUGCUUCCAAACUCACAGAGAGACGGGCAAGUUUGCAUCAGGAAUGCUCAGGAACUUCCAUCAAAGGCAAAACUGUUGUAGAUUUGGAUUGUGAAAGAGUGACUCUUACUGACACAACCUUUUUAACAACUGAAGCGUUAUCUCAAUAGCAAUGUGACAAAGCAGGACACGCCACACGAGCCAAGGUGGUAUCGCUUAAAACAUUUUAAUGCGAGUGGUUGUAUUUUAAGCUUCACUACUAUUGUCUAUUUUUAAGAUCAGAUGGUUUAAAAAAUAUUUUUUUAAUCUGUAAAACAGUUCCUGCAUUCUUAACUAUUUUUGUUUCAAUAUAUUAAAUAUAAAGUGUGUGAUUUA